AUGGCCAAGUUCAAGCUGAACCUGAGGGUUUCAUUCUGCACAAAGAAUGCUCGGUGCCAGCAGGACCAGACCCCUGCGGCCUUCAACUGCAACGAUGAAACAGAAUUUAGAAACUUUAUUGUUUGGCUAGAAGACCAGAAGAUCAGACAUUACAAGAUUGAAGAAAGAGGUGAUUUAAGAAACAUCCACAGCAGUGAGUGGCCCAAGUUCUUUGAAAAGUAUCUCAGAGAUGUUAAUUGUCCUUUCAAGAUUCAAAAUCGACAAGAAGCAAUUGACUGGCUUCUUGACUUAGUAGUUAGACUUGAAUAUGGAGAUAAUGCUGAAAAAUACAAAGAUUUAUCUCCUAAUCAUACAAGAAACUCUGACAAUACAGCUAAAAAUGCAGAACCAUUGAUCAAUUUGGAUGUAACUAACCCUGAUAAGGCUGGUGUCAUGGCUUUGGCCAAUCUUCUUCAGAUUCAGCGUCAUGAUGAUUACCUGGUAAUGCUUAAGGCAUUCGCAUUUUGGUCCAGGAGCCUGACACAGGAUGCAGUUGCUAAAGCUUAUCAAACAAAAGAGGGCCUGCCUGUUACUUUAGAGAAGCAUAUUCUCGGUUUUGACACAGGAGAUGCAGUUCUUUAUUUAUUUGUUCUUAAUAAAACUGCUCAAAUUCUGCGAUUGCUGCAUAUAGAAGAGCUACAGACAAAAAUUAAUGAAGACUUAGUAGCUGUUCAGGCAAUUAUUGCCUAUCCAAAGAUAGACCACAGACUGGAAAAAGUUGGAAGACAAACAUUUAUAGGAUUUUAG